GCGCGCGCCUCAUUGCGCGAUACCGGCUGUCGCACAGCCGUGAUUUAACGCGCCAUUAUGCCUCUGUUUUCGGAACACAUCGCGAACAUGUAUUACGGUUCAUCAUCCCCUUAUACUGGAUUACCCUACAGUUAUAGCAGCAGUUCAGUUUCCCCUUUGGGGUCGUCUUACAGUGCUUCAUAUCUCAAUCCUGGAAGUAAUUACAGCAAUCAUUCUUCUCUUGGCGGCUAUUCUCGUGCACCGUUGUCAUCAAGAUGGAUUACCAGUUCAGGAAGAAACUAUUCUCCAAUGCUCACAACUAUUACCGAAAGAGGAUCCGCCAGUCCUGUGAGGAUACAUAGCCCAAGAAGAAUACCAAUUUCAUCUAGAAUGUAUGGUACUCCCAACUAUACUCCGCGUCCUAUAAAUAUAAACACUGCCGAUAUUGAUGUUUCAAGAGACAGAUACCGACAUAAAGUAGACGCUACAAAAGAUCCUACACCUCCAAAACCUGAGCAAGUAAAAGAGGAUUCCAAGGUUGAACAUGAAAGUAGUCCGUUUAUGCCUAGGGUUGAUGGUAAACCAGAAACCGGAAUUGAUUCUUCACCAGGAAUUGAAAGAAGUACAAUAAAACGUGGGAGAACAGUUGUUAGACUUUAUACUAUAAAAAGAAAUUCGCCUCGCAAGCCUAAUGAAGAAACAGAAGUGACAGAGAUGAAACCUGCUCAGGAUGCUGAACAGGAAUACAAAGAAGAAACUGUCACAGACGAAAAAGAUUUUAUGAAAUGGAGGGAAAAGCUUUCUGAUGAUUUGGCAUACAAAGAUAAGAAACAGAAAAAAACCUUGGGUGCCAAGCUUGUAGAAAAAUUUAUAGUAAAAGACGAAAAAGACUCGGAAGUACCACGGAAGAUACCAAAGAAAGAUGAUUCGAACAGUUUACCAGCCACUCCUUUACCAAAAACGAUUUCAGUUGAAAAUGCUUCCCUAGAUCGAAGAUGUUCAAUGGAACUUUUAGCAGAACAAGCAAAUUUAUUAGAUUCGUUAAUUAGAAGUGAAAACCUCAGUACUGCAUCUUUAGAUUUGAGUAAAGUUGGUGUGGCUGAAACAAAAACUAAUGUAGAGAUCCUCAAUUCUAACAAACGACGUAAAGCUGAUAACUUACAAAACUCACUGAAAACCACGAAAUCUGACCAUUCACUACAUAAUACUUUAAAUUCAUUUCAAGAUGUGAGAGAUUCUAGAAAUUUUCCAAAAAGACGUAGUAUUAAAAAGUCAUCAUCCAGCAGUAGCAUACGCAGGUUAGAUUCUAUAACCGAAUUUCCUAAAGAACAGGUAAACGUGGACUUGCCUGCUAUAGAUGAAAGUAAAUUAUUAUUGAAAAAGGAUAGUGCGAAACAGAAAAAUAAACCUAAGCUAAAAACAAAAAUUACUUCAUCUGUCGAAGUAAUUGAGUCUCCAGUGAGUCCACUAAAAUUUAGAGUUGAGAAUGUUACCGUAGAAGAAAAACCACGAUCACCAAAGAAGGAAAUCAUUUACAGCAGUGAAGUAGAAAUAAUUCCUCAGGUGUCAGAGUCCAAUAACUUGUCAGAGUUAAUUAAAGACAAGAACACUACAAAAAGUGUACCUGAAUCGCCUGAGCCAGACGAUGGCAAUUUUUGGAAUAAAAUAGGAAAAAGAGAAACUGUUUACUUAGCAAAAAGAAAACAAAACCUAACUGAAGCUAAAGAAAAACACUUAAGAUCAUUAUUUUGGUUUCCAGAAGAGGAAGAAGGUGAAGGUAGUGAAGAAAGCAAAGUGAAUAACUUAAGUGAGUCAGGUACAACUUCCAAUUGCAACUCGUCUUUAACCGACGUAAACUCGACGGAAAAAGCAAUCGAACAAAUUUUAAAGCCAAUACCAAUCAAACAAGAAGAAAGUAUAAAAAAUAAAUUAGAAGUAGAAGUUACUAAAGAUCAUUCCGACCAAUUUAAGGAAGAAGAGAAAAAUUCUAAUCUAAUAAUAAAUGUUGAUUUGGAAAUCCAAGGUAAAUCUGAGCCUAUCAAUUAUGAUAACGAUAAGGAAGUAGUUCAAUUACCAACCAGUUCGGAAAUAAAAGAAUUGAAAGAAGAAAAUUCACAAGCUCUACAAGAAUCAACUAAUGAAAGAUCGUCGAAUAAUGCCAAACUGCUUCAUGAAUCUACAAAAGGAAACAACGCACAACCAACCGAAAAAGAAGCAUCUGUAAAAAAUAUUGGAAAGAGUGCAUCGCUGGAUGCUAUUGAUGAAAACAAAGUAAAGAAACCUAGUGAAAAGAAAACAAAGUCAGAAAAAUCUAAAAAGUUACCUAAGAAGGAUGCUAAAAAUGAGCUAAAAUCCCUUCAAACUAUUUUACCAAAACCACAAAGCACAAAAACCAAUGUAAAAACGCUCAAAAAGUCUGAAAACGCUAAUUUGAAAGAUACAACUACAGAGAGCCAAUCUACUCAAACAGAAGCAGCAAACAAAUCAAUAGAUGAUGAAAUUAAAGUUGAAUUCAAAUCUGCAGAGUCAACUAUGAUUAAAACUGCAGAUCAAAAACAAAUAGAAGAAAAAACGCCAACAGAAAAGGUAGAAACCAAACCACUAGAAUCAAAUAACAAAGCAGAACCACAAAAUAAAGUUAAUACAGCAGGAUCCAUCAAAUCCUCAGGAUCUGCAAGAAAGAUCGAAGAAUCUGAUAACAAUUCUCAAUCAGUCGACCCUGAAAGUAGCAACACUAAAAUGCCAGAUUUUAAGAUUAACGUUAAAGUCACCCAAGAGAGUUCGUCUAAGAUAAGUGAAAAAGAAUCAAAAGAUCAGAUUUCUAAUUCUUCAGAAAAAUUGCCUGACACUAAUAAACUUGAAAAUAAAGAAUCAUCAACAAGUACAAUUCCUUGUAAUUGUAUUUGCACGUGUUCCAAACAAACAGAAAAGGAAACCAAAGUUGCGAGUUUAAAGAAAAACUUGAAAGCACCUGUUAAAAGAUCUCCAGAAUCUAAAUCACAAUCAAAUAAGCCGGUGAAAAGUGAAGUAACUAAGACUGAUGAUAAAUUUGCGGAAGUAAAUACGCCUCCGAUCAAUAAAGAAUCAUUGAUAUUAUCAAGUUGUGAUACGUCGCUUACAACGGCUAAUGUUCCUGAUACAUCAAUAGUGUUAGAAUCACAAGACAUUCCAAAAGAAGAGGUUGAAGCGAAGGAACAAGGUGAACAAAAGACAGGAGAGAUAAAUAAGGCUGAAAAUACAAAAAAAGACGAACAACCAGAAACCUCCACUCAAGGGCUAGCUACUUUGCCAGUUACGCCGAAAAGGCCGGUGAAAGAAGAAAAAGCGCUGAGACCUUUAAUAGCGACUCCACGCCCUUUGCAAAAGAAAGCCCCUCAAAUAAUCCAUUCAGACUCGUCGGAUUCUUCAUCAGAAGAAGAGUCCUCAGAUGAGGAAGAUGAAGAUGAAUCAGAAGACAGUGAAGAAUCUGGAGAAUUCUACGAAUGUGAAAAUAAUCCAGAUGGAAGGACAUCUACCGGUUCAAAUGAUUCAGGCUUCGAUUCUUCAGCACCUGCGUCACCAGCAACAUUUUCGCAAAUUAAAAAAGGUGGUGAGGCACCCGGAACGUCCUCGAGCGCCACUUCUGCAGGCGCCAACAACACGGACAUCUUGGAACAGCAGCUUGAGCAAUCGACUGCUUAUGACAUCUUCAAGAAAACUGGCCGGUUCACUCCCCCAGCACGGACCAUACCUCGCUUCAGGAAGUACACGGUGGAAGACUUCCAAUUCAUCAAGGUCCUGGGUAAAGGCAGCUUUGGAAAAGUACUGUUGGCGGAACUGCGUGACACAGAAUACUACUACGCUGUGAAAUGUUUGAAAAAAGACGUUGUUUUAGAGGACGAUGACGUCGAGUGCACAUUGAUCGAGAGGAAAGUUCUCGCACUUGGCACAAAUCACCCCUACCUCUGCCAUUUAUUUGCCACUUUUCAGACGGAUUCUCACCUGUUCUUCGUAAUGGAGUACCUGAAUGGCGGUGACCUGAUGUUCCACAUUCAGCAGAGUGGGCGGUUCCCUGAACCACGAGCUCGUUUCUACGCUGCGGAAAUUGUAUCGGGACUUAAAUUUUUGCACAAGAGAGGCAUUGUUUACAGAGACUUGAAACUGGACAACAUCCUUCUAGACUUUGAAGGUCACGUCCGUAUUGCAGACUUCGGUAUGUGCAAACUUCAGAUCUACUUAGACAAGACCGCAGACACUUUCUGCGGCACCCCAGACUAUAUGGCGCCAGAGAUAAUUAAAGGCCUAAAAUACAACCAGACAGUGGACUGGUGGUCAUUUGGCGUACUUCUGUACGAGAUGCUUAUUGGGCAGAGUCCGUUCAGCGGCUGCGAUGAGGACGAGCUGUUUUGGUCCAUCUGCAAUGAGAUGCCGUCCUACCCGCGCUUCCUCUCACAUGAAGCGCUCACCAUAUUGACCAGGCUGUUGGACAAGGACGCGCGGACUAGACUGGGCGGCACCGAGUGUAUGCACGGAGACAUCAGGGAUCAGGACUUCUUCCACGCCAUCCACUGGGACAGGCUCGAGAGGCGCGAAUUGGAGACACCAUUCAGACCACGAGUGCGACAUCCAAUGGACACCCAAUAUUUCGACAAAGCGUUCACGGGUGAGCGACCUCGCCUCACCGCCGUAGAACCUCACGUACUGCGUUCCAUGGACCAAGAACCUUUCAGAGGUUUCUCCUACACCAACCCCAACACGACGGACCGCUAAAUUCAACUCUAGUACAUAGAGUGAUGGUUGAAAUUCCCUUAUAUUUAGCAGGCGUAAGCGCAAGGCGUUUUCGAGAACGUUCGAUGCGUGAUCAUCGAUGUUGUUAUUGGUGAUUGUAAGUCCCGCUGGACGUUAGUCAUUGGCAGUCGAGUUUUUGUAGUCAUUAACGAGUAACUUAGACCCCAUGGAUAGCGUAGAGCGUAGACAUUCACGACAUUGUAUGCGUAGAUUCUACUUUUUACAAAUGGGCCAAGUUAUGUGAGCUGCCUUUUUACCUAAGUGUUUUAUUCUAAAACGAGUCAAUAGACAUACUUAGAAGAUAUCGUAAAUUAAAUCAGUUGAAAUGCAUAUCAAUAAAAUAUGUUAUUGUGUCUGGUACACAAGUUGUAUUGUUAUAUGGAUAGGUGUAAGAUACAGGCUGUAACACACACGCUGCGCUAUGAGAUAAAAAUUAUUCAAGUUGUUUAAACAAUUUACGGAUUCAAUAAUACGUGGAACAAAUAUUUUUAUGUUUUUAGCUUGUGUGUUACAAGAUGUUUAAUAGUAAAACAAUAUUUUAAAUGUUCACUUAUUCAUGUUUAUUAUAAUAGUACAAACAAUUAAAAAUGCAUCAACAUGCAUAUGACAUAGUACUUAGAUUAUUAUUUUAACGUUAAUAUGAGAUGCAAAAUUUAUUCAUUUAUUAUAUUAUUAUUUUAUAAAAAUUAAGUUGCAGGCUUAUGUUUCAAUUCGUCAAAAUAUUUUGAUUAAGAAAAAACAAAAUGCCGUAAUAUGUCAAUCAAAUAUCAACAAUUCUGUGAACUAGUUUUACGAUUUUUUAAAUCAUUUAAGUACUUAAUUAAAUUAUAUUUAAUAUCGUCCUUACAUAAAUUAUACCAAAGAUAGUUUGUUCGGAAUGUAAAUUGUUUGUUGGAUAAUAAAAUUAUUACAAAUUACAAUUAUUGUUUUCGACUAUUUCCUAAUGAAAUCACUACACUGUAUGUAUUACAUGGUUACAAUAUUAUUUUGAUAUACGAACAUCUACAAGUUAGGUGUACUGUUAAAAAUGUUUUUAGUUACAUCUGAGAGAUAUUUUAUUCAGAUUCUUUGGUUUGUCUACUGUCGUACUAAAAUAAUUAUUCUUAUUUUCUAUAACUAAUAUUGAGAGACAAAAAUUCUAAAUUUAACUGUACUGCUAAUAGUAAAAUUGAAAAUGACUAAGAUUUCCAUUUCAAACUACUCAAAAUACUCCUUAAUAAUAUGAUCGGGAUAACUUAUUACCAGUUGAAGGACUUUCUCUGUGGUAGCUAUGAACAGAUGGUGGCACAUUUCUGCUUCGAACACUUCCAGCGCGACUAUGGUCGGGUCCUCGAUGCUCUUGUCUAGAUCUUGUACUUGAAUUAUUAUGUCAGGUUGGGGAUCAGUUUGUGGUUUUGCACGGGGUCUACAUACUACUACCUG